UUGCAAUGAGAAGCCCCGAAGUAUUGCAUGAUAACAUCUAAGUUCUAAUCCAAAUGAUAGUAUUUUGAGGUGUUGUUUUGAAAAUUCAUCAAAUCGACAGGGAUUUUCAGUCUCGCACUAGGACAGGGAUGACACAUUCGUUUCAAAGUUGAAACAAGUUGCAUCGUAUUUGACGAAUUUCUCAUGACAAUUUUAUAUUUUGCUAUCGCAAUAAUUGGAAAUAAGACCAAGCCGUAACUACGUUGUUUCACUGGACUAAAUCUUUAUGGAACUAGUUAGGUCAAUAAAGUUUCGGGUCGCGAAACGAAAAUUCGUGUGUAUGUAGGUAACUUCAGCUAUUAGAGGAUAAGGUAACUUGUAUAUUGUUUCCUUCAAGAGCGCAGAGACAGUUCGUGACCGUAUUUCAUAUUCAACAGAACUUUCUGAAUGUACGAGUUUCGACCUCAUCAGCAUUUUGAUAAUGCAUUUUGAUGUUGAUACUGUGUAUGCGAAUAAGAUCUCUGCGGACGAUUCAGCCGACGGAAAGACAAACCUUUGAAUCUGAUAUUUGUGCGGUUAUUGUGUCUACAAUUCCACCGUCCAGAUCGAAUCCAAGAACCUAAGACUUCCUCCUCAUACAGCUGCUGCCACUGGAACGAUGCUGAUUACCCCGAGCACGAGGACUCAAAUAGGAUCUGAAGGCAGUUGCUGGAGGAGGCGGUGCCAGUGUUCCUGUGACUAUCAGAUGGCCCGAUGAUAAACCUUCAAAACGCAUUGUCUCAGACCAUAUAGUAACAACCUUACCUGUAGAUAAUUGGCCCGAUGAUUGGCAAGAUGAUUGGUCCGAUAAUGCACUACAGAACGGAGAGUCUGAAAGUGAGGUAACGGCGGACGUUUGUGUUUAUCAACGGACUGGAUACAUCUUAUCUCAAGCUGAUGUUAGAAGAGGAUUGGCCAGUGUUCCUGUGACUAUCAAAAGGUUUGAAAAUAUAUCAUCCAGUCUCCUUAUCUCUGUGGAUAUAGUACCGAUAUUUCAUGUUGAUGAUUGGCCAGACGAUGCUAUCAAGAAGACCUGGCGAAUGGACGAGGACACCUUGAGGAAGAGUGGGUAUAGGCUGGUCCUGAAACCGCCACACAAGGACAGUGAGUACGGACGGUUGCUACCCGAGGAAGACAGAGAAAGAAUGUUGCGGAUCUCCUUCUCUCAUCUAGAACCUGCAACAAUCGCACCUUUGGAUCCAAGAAUCAAAGACGCCUACAUCACAGCAAAGUGUCUGAGGUCACCUAUGGCAUGUGGCGUUGUGAUUAGAGAUACGAACGGCGUCAUACAUUUCGUCAGUCACUUCCUUACAAGCUACCUCCUGAAGACAGUCUUCCUCCAUAACAUAGACGACUUCCUUGAGACAAACAGGAGCCUGCCAGAGAUGGUCUACAUCAUCUACAGCCAACUUGAGGAUUACCUCGGCAAGGGCAACCUACCGUUCUACUGGCAGCCCAGCGUCAAUCUGCUGGAAGGCUUGAAACUCAACAUAGCCAAGUCUCAUCAAGUCGCCAAGUUGAUGACGGCAAUCGUUGGUAGGAUGUCCCGCCUGGAGCGUGGUGAUGAGAACCAUGGUGACGACGCGAGGGAAGAUGGGCCAGGCAUUGAAGCCGCUGAUGACGAGCCUGACAUAGGUUGUUACAUCGUCAGAUUAGAAUAGCGAGCAAGUAAUCUUCACCCCGAUGAACACUUUGUAUGCGAGACGGAUGCUCCGGUGUAACCACAUCUAUGGUUAUUCCCUGACCUCACCCGGCCCCGCCAGUUCAAACCACGAGAGUGCAUGUGUACGAGUUGGGCCGACGCGACAGGCGCAGCGGUCGGAGAGAGUCUCUGGCAGGGUAUCUCGGACUUUGGUUCGAAAUUCUAAAAUACCUUGGUACCGUAAAGUCAACUUUUAAAUGGAAAAUGCAUAAGCCUCGUUCUGAGAGUGGAGUGUUUUGGACACGCAACCAAGAUGCUCUACCAAAGUUCCCUCGGGUUGCACUAAAAUGUGGAACCAUGCACACAGCUCACUUCAGAAGUUUGAGGCUCUCAAAACACUGCUUCAAACACAAAUCAGCCAAGGAAGCAUCAACCACCCUAAGUUUUUUAAUGAGCACUACACAUAUUUGCCGAGAAAAACGCCCCAAAUAGCCCAUUUGCGCGGAUUUUAGCGUCACUUGAGCGAGCCGAUCCGGACUUCCUAUAGGCGCUGCCGUAACAUAAUGUAAACAACGGCGCUACCGGCGCUCCGGGCAGGCGAUGGAUGGAAUUUGCCAAAUUCGCACAUAUUCAAGUUAUCUCGUGGCCUAUCUUUUUAAGUUUGAGGUAUUUUAGAAUAGAAAUUGAACCCUCGGCUUCGGACCUUGGUUGAGUUACCAAGACACUCUCGGGUGGAGCUAAAAUUUCGUCCAAACCCUCGCCUGUCGGCUCGGGUUUGGACUGUAUUUUAGCUCCACCCUCGAGUGUCUUGGUAACUCAACCAAGGUCCUCCGCCUCGGGUUCAAUUCCUUAAUCGAAAGCCUCAAGUGCGUCAGGACCUUCAAAGCCAAGUGGUAGGGAAUUCGUUCUCGAAAUGACACCGGGCUCAAAAUAGCUGCUAUGUUGACUUUGAGAGAGAGAAUGGUGAGGGAUCGUGUGGUGUACAAAGGAAAACAAGCACAACCGUAACAUUUUAGAAAACUUCGGAAAUUAUUCAGACCCCCUCCACCUCUUACAACUCUCCGUUAUUCAGAGAUGAAAUUGCAAAACUGUAGACUUUCCGAGGUUGGGGACACAUCACGGAGAUGAUAUACCAAAUGUUCACCACUUCUGAAAAAAAGUUUCAGAACUUUCAGAUUUUGGUAAAAAAUGCAACCCUGUCUUAUUUAAGAUGAUUUCUGAAGUUUUACAAUCUAUUUUCUACUUUUAACUAUGAAAUUGAUACAAAGGCGACACAUUGGCAUUGUUCAUCUCGACUGAGUUGAAUGUUGGAUGGCAUCCAACGACAAUGCGCAUAUUAUCAACAUGGGGCUUGGCUUACAUAUCCAGACACUCUCAGAUCGGUAUUAUGACAUAGGAAGUUGGAUGUUGCACUCAAUUCCUUUCAUAGUACUUAUGAGUUACUUACACCCUUUGAUAUGCUGACUGCAUGGGUGAACAAAGGUAUGGACUGGUAUAUCUUGUAUUGACAUGUUAACUUGUAUUGAUAUUGUAAUUGCAUGAGGUAGGGUAGCUACCUUAUAACCUUAAUAUCCUUAUGUAUUGAAUUGUAUAAAUUGUAUUGUCAUGUAUUUACAUGUAUAAACUUGUAUCGACUUAUAUUGUAUUAUGUUCGGUGUAACCUUUUAUAAUUAUAUGUGUCACAAUAUUAUAUGGUAGAAGUCAGAAGGCCUAGAGAUUGCAAGCUGUUUGAAGCCUGUCUAUUACUAUCAUAACAUUAUAUUGCAAGAGAGUCACAUUCAUUAUUUCCUAUAUUUUGUGAGUAACAUUUAAGAGUGUGAAGCCUGGUAGGCCCUGUCACAAGUUCUAAAUGAUCAAGUGAUUACGGUUUUAUGUACGCUUGUAAUGACGCUCAUUACAGAAUGACUGCAAACUUGUGGAUGGAUAUAGAUUGAAUACUCGUUAAGGUGAUGCUAUAGUGCCUCCAUGUUGCCAGUCAACAAGAAUUCAUCCAAAAUAUCCACAAACUGGUAAAAGUGUUACUCGGAGAACAUAAUAGUUUGCGUUGCCACCGAACAACAUGUUAUAUGACAAAGACAAGCAAGUGCUUUUACUUCAAUUUUGUGCAGAAAGGCUUUGUGUACAUGUACAGUACAUAUAGUGUUUUAGAUAAAAUCACACGCCAGUCUCUUUCAUAUCAGCCAUUAUCUUGUCCUAUUUGUUGAUGUUUGAAAGAGUUCCGGUGUUCCUAAUACAUUAACAUAAUAAAGAGUGAGUAUAUAGUUUCACCUUAAGGGUUGACAAUAGGUAUCGCCAUUUUGUCGAGUCCUCCAAAUCCUAAAGCCUUUAGAGCUCUUUCAAAACAUAGUGAAAGCUCAUUUCAAGGGCUGGAGUCUGUUUAUUGCUUUCCAGAGAACAGCCUCCAGGGUUUUAAAUGAGCAUUCACUACAUUUUGAAGGUGUUCUAAUCGCUUUUUGAUUGCAAUUUCUAGCCAAAAUGGCGGUACCUAUAUUCAACCCUUAAUCUUAGUGCACCUUCAGUUUUCCAACAAUUGUUUGGGUGUCUUUUUAGACUUCAAACUAUUUUGAGUUUCUCUCUAACGUUGUUUAAGCCAACUCGCUGGUCUUAAUGACUGAUCAUAAAAUUCAGUUUUAUUUAAGCUACAUGUGUGUAUCUUUUCCCAAUAUAUGUACCGUUUAGAUAUUCGCUGCAGUGGCGAUUUUUACGUGACCAUAAUGAGACCGUAGAAGGUUAUUCUAACGUGAAUUAUUUUGGCCGAUACGCGAAUUUGUUAUGAAAGAUAAUUAUUUAAUGAAGGUUGAAAAGAUUUUAUGGCGGUAAAGGCUGGGUAAUGACUGGUAAUGUAGUGAGUGGGUUAACGUGACAAAACAACUUCGACUUGAUCACUCAUUCUAACCAUUCCAGCGAAGUGUCCUUGCGAACCAUAUGCAAGUUAUUGUAAACAUUUUCAGUGAGAUUUUGAUUUUUGAAGGCCCAGGUGUCCUUGGUCGAAGUUGCUCAAUGCAAAUCUCCUUUGAUUCAGAGUUUCCUAAUGAGAAUUUCAUCAUGGCAUGUGUAAAAAAGAGGUAGUCGCUGUGAAUGGUUGAUUUUGGGUUGUAAACAAUGGAUUUUGUGCCAAACUGGUGGGUUUUGGGUGGAAAGAUUUGUUAGGAUACAAAUCCGGUGUUUUAAAAACUUGAAAGUGGCAAGAGUGGUUUUAUUAAAGUGGUUUGGUGUUAUUAGAUUUACCUUAGUAAAAUUUCAGUUCGAGAUAAGACCACCAUUGAAUAUUCAUAGGUUGCAGUAUUCAGACCUAUCAACGAGAAGCUUUUCCGAUUAUCUUUAAAAAUCCGCGGUCAACGACCACUUUAAUUUCCACAAGUUUGUCGCCAGACUGUCCGAAAUAUCAUAUCCACAUCUAAGAUUCAAAACUGCCCGCAGUAAUUGGUGCGACGUGGGCAAACUUUGGCAAAUGAACUGAUGAAAGUCUUUAACAAAAUUAAUCAAUGGUGGUUUUGCCUCGUUGGACGAACGAGUCCUUCAGUUCUCACCCCCUAUUCUAGUAGGCGCUGUCUACCUGUCUCAACACUUGCGACAGGCGACACUUCAAAAAAGAAAGUCCUGGCUUUACUGUGUGUUUCUGAACCGAAGUCCGUUGCGAUUAUAUUUUAUAGUUCGGCUAAUUCAAGCCAUUAUAUGUGUACAUGUAAUCAUGUGCAAUUUCGCAAAUCAUUUUGAUUACAGUUCAGUAAUGCACAGAUAGGGGGAGAUAUUGCUUGUAAAUGGAAUGUUCAUAAAAUUCGUGUCCGUCUUCAAGCAAUAAGACUCGAAAUAUGGUUAGACGCUUUAUGUCAUUCGGUACAGAUUCAUCCUAACCGGUGUAGAAGUAGAAAAUGUCCGAGGGAAAAACCAUCCACCCUAUUGUAUUUUGUCAGAUUAUGGUAUUAUGGUUCUUUCGGUGACAUUACCGUCAAUAUGUCAGAGAUUAAAGAGCAUAAUAGAAUCCUUUGCUCGCCCGGAAAUUCUAUUCUGAGACAUUUCCUACACCGGACUCAUUGAAAACACUCAUAUCUCGAUAUCGAUAUGAGGGCGGU